AUGAGUUCAAUAUCUUCAUCAGAAUAUUCUGCAUGUAUAACUACAGUAUCAAAUGAUGAAAUUGCACGAAAAUUAGCUCGUUCAAUAGUUGAAUCUCGUCUUGCUGCAUGUGUUAAUAUAAUUCCAGGUGUUCGAUCGAUCUAUGAAUGGCAAUCAACAAUUCAUGAAGAUAAUGAAUUAAUAUUAAUGAUUAAAACACGGCAAGAAUUUGUUCCACAAUUAAUUGAAUUUGUUAAAAAGAAUCAUCCAUAUGAUGUACCAGAAUUAAUUGAACUACCAAUUAAUAGUGGAAAUCAAGAUUAUCUUAAAUGGAUUGAUGGAAUUGUUAAAAAACAAUCAUCAACAUAG